UGUUAAGCAAACGAAUAGAAAAUCCGGAAAUCAAAUGUUAACUCUUAGCUAAAGUUAAAUUAGAUAGAAAAUUGAAAGGAAAACCAAAAAAUUAUGUUAAUUUUUCGCCAUUUAUUCAGAUAAAAUAUUGACAUUUACCGUAUGUAUUUUUUAAAUAUCUGUAAAUCUAUAUGCCACGUGGCGCUGGCCAUUGUGGUCAACGAUCUCUCCUCAUGGCAGAGAGUAAACAAGAUCAAUGAAUUGAGAUUGUUAACAGUUUUGCACACAAAAUUCGCUACAAACGAUUGACUUGAUUUGUUUUUAUUUAAUGUCGAUAUACACAAAUUAAAAAUUUGCAAUCUGUUUAGACUUUUCAUCUUUCGUUAUGCACUUGGUCUUUUUGCAAUCCAGAUUCAUCAGUUUACACGACGACACACUCUUCUCAUAAUUAAUUAAAAACAAUCUCCUAAAAAAUUUUCGUUAUAUAAAUAAGCUCCAUCCAUCAAUGUUGCUCCAAAUCACACUAAACCAAAAUAUUCACUUUAUUCACUUUUCCAGCUAAUCGAUCUAUCUCCUGAUACAUUAGCUAUGUCGGCGAGAGCUCACCCUGUGGACGGUGAUGUAAGUCCGGCGACGGACGGUGGAGAUCUUCCGAUCAAAUUGUCGUCCCAUCGGCAUAAAGUUGGGGUCCCACCGAAGCAAAACAUUUUCCAUGAUUUCAUGUACACUUUCAAGGAAACUUUCUUCCACGAUGAUCCUCUCCGACAUUUCAAGGACCAGCCUAAGUCCAAGCAGUUCAUGCUCGGACUCCAAUCCGUCUUCCCGGUUUUCGAUUGGGGACGUGACUAUAGUCUCAAGAAGUUUCGUGGCGACCUCAUUGCCGGUUUAACCAUUGCCAGUCUCUGUAUCCCUCAGGAUAUUGGUUACGCUAAGCUCGCGAAUCUGGACCCUAAAUACGGUUUAUAUUCGAGUUUUGUUCCUCCAUUGGUGUAUGCUUGUAUGGGAAGUUCGAGGGAUAUAGCAAUUGGACCCGUUGCUGUGGUUUCUCUGCUUUUAGGCACUCUGCUUCGAGCUGAGAUCGAUCCAAACACAAAUCCUGAUGAAUAUCUCCGCCUUGCCUUCACCGCCACGUUUUUCGCCGGUGUGACUGAAGCAGCCCUUGGGUUCUUCAGAACCCUUGUGCUUGCUACACUCUGUUUCCUCAUUCCUCCGUUGUGUGAAUCUCUCUUCACUAACCCUAAUAAAUUUGGUUGUGUGCAGUGGAAUUGGCAGACGAUACUCAUCGGUGCAUCGUUUUUGACAUUCCUUCUCAUCUCUAAGAUCAUUGGGAAGAAGAGCAAGAAACUGUUCUGGGUUCCAGCAAUCGCGCCAUUGACAUCAGUUAUCAUUUCCACCUUCUUCGUCUACAUAACCCGAGCAGACAAACAAGGAGUCCAAAUUGUGAAACACCUUGACGAUGGCAUCAACCCUUCCUCUUUCCAUAAAAUCUACUUCUCCGGAGAUUACCUCGUUAAGGGCAUCCGCAUCGGUGUAGUCGCUGGCAUGGUCGCGUUAACAGAAGCUGUAGCGAUUGGAAGAACGUUUGCUGCAAUGAAAGACUACCAAAUAGACGGAAACAAAGAGAUGGUGGCGUUAGGUGUGAUGAACGUUGUCGGAUCGAUGUCUUCUUGCUACGUGGCGACAGGAUCGUUCUCGAGGUCAGCCGUUAAUUUCAUGGCGGGAUGUCAAACAGCGGUUUCAAACAUCAUAAUGUCGAUCGUCGUUCUCCUGACGCUGCUCUUCCUCACUCCUCUCUUUAAGUACACACCAAACGCCAUCCUCGCAGCUAUCAUCAUCAACGCCGUGAUCCCUUUGAUCGAUUUCCAAGCUGCUAAACUGAUCUUCAAGGUCGAUAAGCUCGAUUUCGUCGCUUGCAUGGGAGCUUUCUUUGGCGUCAUCUUUGUUUCCGUUGAGAUUGGACUUCUUAUCGCCGUCUCUAUAUCGUUUGCUAAGAUUCUCUUGCAAGUAACAAGACCUAGAACGGCGGUUCUCGGAAAUAUUCCGAGAACUUCGGUGUACCGGAAUAUUCAACAGUACCCUGAAGCCACUAUGGUUCCAGGUGUUCUUACGAUUCGUGUUGACUCUGCGAUUUACUUCUCCAACUCUAAUUACGUCAGAGAAAGGAUCCAAAGAUGGUUACUAGAGGAAGAAGAGAAGGUGAAAGCAGCAAGCCUUCCCAGAAUUCAGUUUCUUAUCAUCGAAAUGUCACCUGUUACGGACAUUGAUACAAGUGGUAUCCACGCCUUAGAAGACUUAUACAAAUCUCUCCAAAAAAGAGACAUUCAGCUGAUUCUAGCGAAUCCUGGACCGUUGGUGAUAGGCAAGCUACACUUGUCGCACUUUGCUGACAUGUUAGGACACGACAAUAUCUUUCUCACGGUGGCUGACGCCGUUGAGUCUUGCUGUCCAAAACUCUCCGAUGAGGUCUGAAAUCACAAGAAAGAAAAUGAAGAUAAUGACGAAGAAGAUGAUUUCUCUUAGUGUUGUUGUACAGUAGAGUUAAGAAAGUGGCUUUAGCUUUCAAUUGCUGUAUCUUUUGGACCCUUUCUCUUUAUGUUACAGAAGAGGUCAAGAGUAAAGUUGACCUCUGGGUCCCAUCCCAGCGCCUUGUUGUUCUACUUUUGUAAUAAGUGUAGGUUUACUGAAUUGACAUGAAACCAUUUCAAAUCGAAAUUCUUAUUAUAAAUCAUUUAAAAUCCAAAAA